AUGCUCGCAAACUCUUUGGAUACUAUCCACACGCUCGACGACCGGUUACAGCAGAUGUCCAACUCCAGUGUGUCAACUGUGCGGCGGGUGAGAUGGGUCCAAGGUGCGUCCGCAGUGAAGAAGCUGCACGAUCGGUUGAAAGAACUCAACAUGAUGCUGCAAACCUUCCUGGCUAUCACUCACGCCGAAACUUUUCUCUCCGUGGCUACCCAAUACCCACAAUACAUGCUUCUAAACACCGGCACGAACGAAGCAGUCGUAGGGGAGGCUUCUAAUUCCCUGCACGUUCCGCAAAGAAUCACUGGCCCUCGCCGCCUCUCAAAUGCGAGCUCGUUGGCAACCCUAGAAAGCACAUCCGAUGCUACCGUAUCGUCCAUGGACUCCCUGACACUGGGCAGUUCAGAUUCGAGCUCCGGAAGCGUGUCUACUCAUUCAACUGAGAGGAUGGAUAGAACGAAGUCGACAUGGACUGGUAGCAGUAGCCAGGAGACUCUGGUAACGCGCCGAUCAUGUCGCUAUGAUUGCUAUUGCAAGUGUCACGAACAGGACGCGAGCAGGCUUCAUCGAGGUAUCCGAAAGCACAAAGCAGCCAAAGCGAGAUGUACGGAUCCAUUGUGCCAGUCGAAACUGGUUGUUGAGGAUAAGAUCCAAACGCAAUCGAAGUCGUUCAUCCGGGCACUGUCCCAAGCCAUCUCGUCGAAGAGCAUAACCCUUCGCUACGAUCUCAACACCUAUCGAAUGGUAUCAGAGGGCUCUGAUGCGAUGCGCUAUGUCAAGCAUGGGAACUUGGAGAGGUUGAAAACUUGUAUUGAAUCGGGUGAAGCCACUAUAUGGGACACAGCGCCAGAUGGAUGGUCCCUCCUUCACACUGCCGCCUAUAAUCGUCAACUCAAUAUCGUCAAGUACCUCAUGGACUUGGGUGUCGAUACGGAAAGUGGAGAUGUUGGGUCAAGGAAGCCAGCCGAUCUCGCCAUACUCAAGUCCAUUGGCCAAGAUGCAACGCAAGUGGAGCAUGAUAUUGUGGAAGUGUUCUCUCAAAAAGACGAUUUCAUGAGUGACUUCGAAUUUACUCCAAUUCGCGUUGCAGUCCUCGAAAUGUAUUCCCCCAAGGAUGCAGAGCGGCCACCACUGCAGAAGGAAGCCCCCUCACAAAGCCUUUCCAUCACACUUGUUGACGAUGCUAACAACGCACCGGUUAGUACGAAUUGGGCGCAAUGGAAAUCAAAAUAUAGGCAUCGCUCGCCUCUUUUCUCAGAUAUACUGGAGUACUUUCGCGCAUCGGCUUUCGAGCAGCCCCAAGGCGCCAAAAUUAUUCACAAUCUUGUCGAUCGCCAAGAUAAGAAGUUCAGCUGGACGCCUCUUCAUUGGGCUUCCUCCGCUGGACGCGUGGACAAGAUGAGAAUACUUGCCGACCAUGGUGCAGACCCAACGAUCCUUUCGAAUCUCAAUGCCAACAUCCUUCAUGCCACGGCGGAGUGGGCCGAAACACCACUACAUGUUGCUUCAUGGUGCUCCGCGGCCUGCGUCAAGCUUUUGUUAGAAGCCGGAGCAUCGCCGAAUGUCCAGCAAGAGGACGGUCAGGUCUCCCUCCACUGCGCGGGUCUGUCAGGACGAAGUGAAGAUAGACGAGCGAUCGCCUCUCUCCUGUGCAGCGCAAAUAGCGGCAUUCAUAUCAAUAUCCAAGAUGUGGACGGAAGGCCGCCCCUCUAUGAUUUUCUGGACGACCCCAAGUGCGUUAAGAUUUUGAUUGACAGUGGCGCGAAGCUGGAUUUGAUCGAUGAUUCUGGGAAAACUGCCUUCCAUCACGCCUCUGCUCAGGACGAAAGCGAGUCAUUGCGACUCUUGCUGCAUCAUACGGACAAUCUCGCACUAGCUGCAACCAAAGAUCAUGAAGGAAACACUCCGCUUACAACAGCGCUGUCAGCCUCGCAUGUUGAGUGCGCCCUGACCCUUCUUGGCUUAGAAGACGGAGGCGAUAUCAUCAGUAGCGAGGGCUGGGCUGCAGUGCAUUAUGCGGCCAGAAUAGGCCACCCAACUCUGCUGGAGGAAGUGCUAACCCAUGGGAGUUUCAUGAAAGGCAUGAAAACGAUGGAUGGGAAACGAGCAGAUACCGUCGCGGUGGAGGCUGGGACUUGGUCUGGGGCCAUUAAGAACCUGAUACGGAGAUACGACUAUCUCUGA